AUGACGGCGCACAACGACAGCGAGGGAGGGGCGCGAACCCAAGUAUCGCCAUCGCAAUCGCAAUCCCCCAGCAACGGCCACAAGUCACCUACCAACACCAAGUCGUAUCACGAACACCGCGGCGAACCCCUCGAAGGCCCCGCUCUCGAAGAAUGCAUCGAAGCCCUCAUAGAAGAAUGGACGACAUGCGUCGAUGAGCUCUCCCAGCUCCAUACAAAGGCCGAGUCAGCCUCGAAGCCGAUCCGCGGCCUCUACACCCUCCUCAAAGUCCAGCAAAGAACCCUCGACAAGCUCAAAGCAAAGAAAGCGUCGCAACCUCCUUCACCCCCUUCCCGUCCCUCGAGCGAAUCGAACAAAGAUGACGACACCGAAGAACCGAAACCGCUCUUCACCCCCGCCCAGUAUUUCGGCAUGCGCAGUUGCUGCUGGAACGACCGGUGGUCCGUCAUCAAAAAGUGUCGCGGCCUCGUGGCUAUUAACAAGGAGUUCGCGAGGAGCCCCAAGCAGCCCGUGCCUAAUGGACAUGGGUGGUUGUCCUACAAAGAUAAACCCCUGCUGGAACGGCCGAUUGCUGUUGACGGUGUGAUUGAUAGCGGAGCGACGUGGUUGAAGUUUGUUUCCAUCUCGCCCAAGACGCUGGCUUACCAAAUCGCGGUGGAUGGAUGGGAGAGCGAUGAUGAAGAGGAGGAUGAUGAUACGGCAUACAGCGAUAACGACGAUCAACACAAUGGGAACGGAAAUGGGAACGGAAAUGGGAACGGGAUCGCGGGUAGGAGCGGCGUCUCGGAAGCACUGGGCAACACCGAGUUUGCCGAGUCCAUCAAAAAGGUCGUUCUCGCGGCGAGGUGGAACCAUUGCCAUCAUAUACACCUUCUGUUACCCGGCCUGCGCAAUGGCGAGUCCGAGCCCGUGGACAGGAUGCUACGCUACAUUCGCGAAAGAAUUGGCGGCGAUGACGUUUCUGUGACCGUCAGUUGCGCCGACAGCCCUCUUCUCUCCGAUGCGCCGCCACCCCUCGACAUCGCUUUGUCCGCCCUCGUCGACGAACGCGAUCCCCUCGUAGCCGAUGACUGCGGCCGAAUCACACCCACCGCGAACCUCGACCCGAGUGUGCUUGUCUCGCUGGUGUCAGACUUGCAUCACGGCCUCGUCGAUUUGCAGCCGACUUACCUUCAAAAGGUGAUUGCCAGGUCGGUAUCGGACCACACGACGGACAGUAAUGAGCUGGUGCCGCGUGAGGAUAUUCUUGCCAAGGUGUGGUACCCGGCGCUGAGGGGAAAGAAGCUGGUGACAACUCGCCUGGGUGCUCGGUACUUCAGGCAACUGAUCGCGUCGAUAUCUACACACUCGGAAGAAGUGCGCGCUUCGUUUAUCUUGCCUCCUGACGCGCCGCCCGCUCUCCUCAGUCCCGAAGGUAGCUCGGAACCGCUCGCGACAGCCACUUGGACCCCCGAACAACGCCGAGCAGAACUGCAGCGGUGGUCGGCCGUUCCUGUCCCCGAUGAUCUCCACCUCCCGAUUGAAAUCGUCGACGACAUCGAACUGGAACAAGUCUCCCCGCUCAUAGCAGAGGGCAAACUGCCGCCCAUGGCCCUCGGCGUCGCCAACGACUUGUCAAGGCUGAACCGCUCCGUCUAUCUCUACGGAUGGGCGAAGCGUCUAACGACAAUCACCGGCCAUCGCGGCAUCGAGCGUCAGAUCCGCCUCUCGCUAGCCACCCAUUGGACAGCGCCCGCCGAUGACGACAACUCCCACUCUCAUCGCAACGACACCAACGCCAACAGAAACAACAACGACAUCCCUCCAGAUAUCUGGCACCGUCACCUAGGAGGUUAUUUGAUUCACAGAGACAAGCCAAGGGACUGGAGAGCGUUAAUUGCUGAGUUCGAUGAAUGCAAGGACGGGAAGAUACAGGAUGAGGUGAUAAAGUGGACGAGCCCUUGGACGACGUGGGGAAGAGGAAUCAGCACUUAUGGGCUGCCGGACACAAAGACUUGGGAGGGGAUUGGGCAUGCGGAUAAGCAGAGUUUUGGAAGGAAACUGCAGACGAGGGAGGAGAGGGGACAGAGGAAUCCUGGGAGGAAGGGUACUGAGGAUGGCGAAGGGGAGCAGCAGGAUAUGGAUGAGGAAGAGGAGCAGUCGUGA